AUGGAGCCCCAGAAAACGAAGAUACAGGUAGAAAAGGCAUCAGUGCGGCCGAUGACUAGACAACAUGGAACCAUUACCUUGCUGCCCGCUGAAAAGCUUCUGCGCGAGCUUUUGCUGAAUUGCCGAGAACAUAUGCAGAAAUCUCAGAUUGCCUCUGCAUUUGGUCUCGAGAUGUGGAUCACCGGCGGCUGGGUUCGCGACCGACUCCUUGGCAUUCCCUGUUCGGAUAUUGAUAUCGCGCUCAGCACCAUAACAGGCGAACAAUUUAGUCAUUCCCUGACCGAAUUCUUCGAGCAGAAUAAGGAACAAUACCAGCAGCGCGCGGCGGAACUUGGGGUCCAAGAUACCAGACUUACCGGCUUCCAUACGACGAAAAAGAACCUCGGGAAGUCGAAGAAGCUUGAGACAACCAUCGGCAGAGUAUUCGGCUUGGACCUAGACCUACUGAAUUUGAGGAAAGAGGUGUAUGAAGACAACAGCCGUACUCCAGAGAUGGAAUUUGGAACGGCGGAAGAAGAUGCCUUUCGUCGUGAUGCCACUGUCAAUACGUUGUUUUUUAAUUUGGACAAGCAGGAAGUUGUUGACCUCACCAAGAAAGGGCUGGAUGACAUGGCUGCGGGUAUUAUCAGGACGCCCCUUGAACCACGACAGACCUUUACGGAUGACCCGCUAAGAGUGUUGCGCCUGAUUCGGAUCGGCAGUAAACUCGGAUAUACCGUGGACGAAGAGACCAAGAAGUGGAUGAAAGACCAAGAUAUUCAUACAGCACUGGAUGGGAAAGUCAGUCGCGAGAGAAUCGGGAUCGAGGUUUUCAAGAUCAUGAAGCAGCCGAAUCCUCAAGUUGCAUUCCAUUUACUCUUUGAAGCAAACCUCUAUACCCUGGUUUUCCUAAGGUCCGAGCCGUCACUCCGUCAAGCUCUACUGAACAAACUUCCUGCCCAAGACCCAGGGCAGCCUUGGCCAAGCACCUGGCCACGGGCAUACCAGACCCUCGCAAUGUUAAUCGAUAACAACGUAAGCGGUCUUGGCAGAAUGGUCCAAUCUGAGGAAAGGGUCGAAAACCUCUGGGUCAUGGCUGCCUACGCUCCAAUCGCCGAACUGAGACACGAUAUGCUGAAAAAAGUCGUCGAUGAGGCCACAGACGCUGUGAAAGCUACAAGCAAGAUUUCCAAGCUCCUCGAAAGCUCGCUACGAAACAUGGAUUCAAUUAACGCCACCGUCGCCCUCGCUAGUGACCCAGAGAGGCCCGCGGCUCGGAGCACCGUUGGCAUGGCAAUACGUGCCUGGGGUUCAACCUGGAGGCUGCAGGUGGUUUACUCCCUGCUAGCCGCGCUCGUGUACGAAACCUCGUCAACGUCAUCAUUAUUGCCUUCCCUAUCUACCGACGAUGACCCCGUUUUGAGGAAACUCCUUCUACGGUACAACACGUUUAUCGACUUCGUAAUGCAAAGGGGCUUAGAAAAAGCAGACCUGUUGAGGCCGAUGUUCGAUGGAAAUGCCAUCAUGCAGGUAUUCGGUGUUCACAAGGGUGGAAGCUUUCUCAAAACUGCCAUCGAUGAGCUGGUGGCGUGGCAAUUUGACCACGAGGGGCUUGGGGCUGAAGAAGCUAGGAAAUGGCUUUACCAGCAGAGGGAUAUGUUGGGAAUUCCCCCUGGCAGUGUCUGA